GUUUUAGUGAAACCUAUUAGCCUACAUGGUAUUCCCAACGAGGCACAAUGCAACACCUCCACACCAGCUCAAUUGAACUAAAUUCACGGUUUGACUUGAAGACCUGUAGGUGGAUAAGAUAGGUCCCUCUCUGCAAGCUACUUACUUGGUCAGCAAGUAGGCCUACAAGGAGAGACGCGGAAAGUACUCGCCGGUGGGAAUGAGAAGGAAAGACAUCGGACUGGGCGUGCCGCUGCAAUUCCGGAGCUGAGAUUGCAUCUCACCCCACCCGCUCGCUCACCUAGGGGUGAUCCACAGAAUUGUUGUGUAAAUUAUUCACGGUCAUUUGUCAUUUGCCCAAUAACCUCAUUGAGACGAAUAUCAGGUGACAGCGAUGUAAUUCAUUGAUAUAGGAUAUUCCUUCGCUUGAUAGGUUGUUUUACUUUCACUGGAUGUAUUUUUUUUAAGUGUUGGCUUUGGAGGAGGUUGUAGGAACCCAGCUAUGGAUUUUGGAGAAACGCUGGACACGCCUGCACCUUGUAUUUUGGACAAAGUUCAAUGUUACUGCAUAAUUUUUCUCCAAAAUGCAUGAGUGAUUGUUUUUGGAUAACGGUACAGUCCGUUUCAAUUCACCGGAGUGUGUUUCUAACAAUUGUAUGCUUUCUUUGACAUUUUGGGGAACGGACAACACAACGUUUCAAAGAACGUUGUGCCAUGAACCAUUGGAUAAAUGUGAUCAGCAUGUUAGUCAAGGACAUUUUGCACUGCAACCGAGGUGCGAAGAGGCAUUGCUACCCAGCACAGAUGAAACCGAAUCGAUUGACUAAAACCCCCUUAUAGUAGUAGCUUGAUUUACUAAAACCCUCUUAUAGUAGUAACUUUCCACUCUUAUAUCUUUGUUAUUCCUAUGCGUUUUCCAGUGUGUGUUUGCCAUACAUGUGGCCGGUGGUGGUACCUGAAGCUUGUCUCCUGUCUGGGUGUGCGUCUUUUCGCGCUUAGACAUUUCCCUGCGCUGCCUGACUGGCGUUGCUAUAGAGCAACCCUACGCCGUCUCUGUUUCACCCUGGGCAGCAGCGGAUCCAUCCGUGUGGGGACAGAAGUGCAAAGUUGGACGCUAAUCGCCAGACGCCGUGCGUUAGAGAGCGGGAUCUUUCGACUUUGAGGGAAGGGAGAGAGGGCUCAAACCAAAAAAGGCAGAUUGGCAGGUGGCCCGAGCUGAGCCAAUGACAGGCGGAGAGGAGUCUUAACGUCGGGCAGGCUUGAGUCCAGCCAAAGUAAAAGCUGUCAACAUGAGUCCAGCCAAAGCUGUCAACAUAGAACAGAGUGGAGGCUACCCACAUACACAUACACGGAUGAGAGCCCAGGGCGCCGGCUUGUGGACGACGCCAAGUGGCGGCUUCCCCUCCACAUCUAUAAGGAGCCUAGCCAUGGAGAGCCUGCUCCUGUUCCUGGCCCUCCUCGCUACGCCCGUCGCCUCCAUGCUGUGCCCCAAGCGCUGCACCUGCCAGAACCUCAUGCCCUCCUACACUGUCCUCUGCACCAAGACAGGCCUGCUCUUCGUGCCGCCGAACAUUGACCGGCAGACGGCCGAGCUGCGCCUCAUGGACAACUUCAUCACCACCCUUCGUCACCGUGACUUCGCCAACAUGAGCAGCCUCAUCCACCUGACGCUGUCGCGCAACACCAUUAGCCAGAUCAAGCCGUACGCCUUCGCCGACCUUCAGGACCUGCACGCCCUGCACCUGGACGCCAACCGACUCACCAUACUGGACGACACCCACUUCCAGGGCCUGGUCAACCUCAGGCACAUGAUCCUUGCCAACAACCAGCUGCACAGCAUCUCAGAGGGGUCCUUCCAGGACUUCCUGGAGACCCUGGAAGACCUGGACCUGUCCUACAACAACCUGGUGAACAUCCCCUGGGAGACCAUCGGCCUGCUGGCUAGUGUCAACACCCUCAGUCUGGACCACAACCUCAUAGAGAUGGUCCCCGAAGGCAUCUUCUCCAACCUGCACAAGCUGGCACGUCUAGACAUGACCUCCAACAAGCUGAAGAAGAUCCCUCCAGAUCCCCUGUUCCUGAGGAUCCCAGUAUACGCUAAGCUGAAGGGUUCUCCACUCACGUCGCUGGUGCUGAGCUUUGGUGGGAACCCGCUGCACUGCAACUGUGAGCUAAUGUGGCUGAGGCGGCUGACCAGGGAAGACGACCUGGAGACCUGCGCCUCUCCCCGAGAGCUCGCCGGCAAGUAUUUCUGGACUAUCCGCGAGGAGGAGUUUGUGUGCGAGCCGCCCAUGAUCACGCGGCACACCUCCAAGAUGUUUGUGAUGGAGGGUCAGGAGGUAAGCCUACGCUGUAAGUCAGUGGGUGACCCGGAACCUUCCACGCAUUGGGUCAGCCCCGAGGGGAAGCUAAUCGGGAACACGUCCCGCACCAUCUGCUACGAGAACGGCUCUUUGGACAUCCUCACCACCACUGUGAAGGACUCUGGGAAGUUCACCUGCAUUGCCUCCAAUGCCGCUGGCGAGGCCACAGCGCCCGUGGAGCUGGUGGUUAACCCCUCGCCACACUUUGACCCCAAGCUGGAACCCGAGCCUGGCCCUUCGGACAUCCCCACCUCCAUCAAGUCCAAUGCCAGCGGGGGCCACGCCCGCACCGACCAUCAGAGGGUCAGCGUGUCGGAGCUGAGCUCAACUUCGGCCACCAUCCGAUGGCCCUCCCAGGACCACAUCCCGGGGGUCCGCAUGUACCAGAUCCAGUACAACAGCUCCUCCGACGACAUCCUCAUAUACAGGAUGAUCCCUGCAUCUCAUAAGUUCUUCCUACUCAGUGACCUGGCCUCUCAGCGGGACUAUGACCUGUGCGUGCUGGCGGUGUACGACGACGGCGUCACGGCCCUAACCGGCACCCGCCUGGUGGGCUGCGUGGCUUUCACCACAGAGCGAGAGUACCGCCAGUGCCGCUCCCUCCACGACCAGUUCCUGGGCGGCACCAUGAUCAUCGUGAUCGGCGGUAUCAUCGUGGCCUCCGUGCUUGUCUUCAUCUUCAUCCUCCUCAUGAAGUACAAGCUGCACAGCAACCACUACAAGCAGAAAGCGGCACAUGUCAGCAACGUGUGCUCUCAGACCAACGGGGGCCAGGCUGCGGGCGGGGGAGGCGCUCCCAUCCCACCCUCCUCCUCUUCCUCAGGCUCGACCAAUAGGCCCAUGCCUUCUGGCCCAGUGGACAGGGUAGGGCACGACGGACCCCAUCAGGCCUCGGAAGGGGGCUUCGGAGGGCCCUUGAAAGGGACCACGGUAGUGGACUUGAACCCAGAGUACGGGAAGUCAGUGAAGGACGAGGAUGCUAUAUCACAAUAACACAGGAUCUGGGACUGCCCCAACGCCACCCACUUUUUAUUUCCUGGUGCUGGGGUCCCUCUGCCUUAACAAGGAUUAUCUCGUGUCCAAGAUUUGCACAUCACCCAUGCUCGUCCUCUGAGGUGGAGGGAUGGAGAUUGGAAAGGUGAAGUCCCCCUGGUUCAAGGAAGUUGGAAAAACACAAAAUAAUAAAUAUGAAGCCAAGAACAGCAUUGGGAGCAGAGAUGGGGUGGAUGCCAUGGAAUCGCUGUGCUCUGUCACUUAUGCAAUUCUAUCCGGAACUGGGAUGUAAUCCAGCCCUGUGGAGUGGAGGGAAAUGUUUUCCAAAACCUGGGGCUUCUUUUAAUGCGUGAGGAAUGAAUUGACCUUAACCCAGACGCCUAACAUUCCUUUCGGGAAUACUUUUUGGGAUUCCCAUUGAAAUUGCCUACUACAGAGGAACACCCUUGGAUGGUUUUGAUGAUGUAUUGUGGGUUUCGUAGCAAAGCUCCACUCUCCCUUAACGAUCGGUCAUUUGCCAAAGGAAUACAAUAAGAGGAAAAGGCAAUACAGUGUUUUGUUCUACUCCCCCGAGGGCCUUGGAAGCGUUAGCACACAGCGAUGUCGCGUCGAUGCACCGAUAUCAAACGGUUGUUCUUUGAUCUCUUAGGGCACUUUAUAAUCUUUAUAAUCCUAUCUUGCUCUCUUUCUCUCGCUCUCUCUUUCUCUACCCCCCCCCCCCAUCUCUCUCUCUCUCUCUCUCUCUCUCUCUCUCUCUCUCUCUGUCUAUAUGGACAAUUGAAAAGUAUAUUCAUCAAUUAAGAGAUCAGAUACAUCCAUUUUGGAUGAUGGUGAAAACAAAUCAUAUUAUUUGGCAAUGGAUAUCCCAACUUGGAAUAAAAACAUGGGCUCUCAAGAUGAGGUCAAAAUAAGAACCUGGAUCUGGUUUGGUUUGAUUACAUGAACUUACAGCACAAGUAUUGCGUUUUGGUUUGAUGGUGAAAUGGUGAGUUAAGUUUCAUUCUGACAAAAGAAAUUGACCCUAUUGUAUAACACUUUCGAUAUGGAAAAGAUGGACACAUUGAUCAAAUACAAUUUUUCCCUUACUGUUGACUGUGUAUGUAUUUGUAUGUGAGAUAUACCUUCAAUUUUCUCUGAUUUGAUACCCAUAUUUCCUUUGAAUUAUGAAACAACAAUAAGAAAAAAAUACGUGAGAUGGAAUUGUAUGCUUUCAUAGGUAAAAUAUGUGGAUUUAUAAAGAAAUAAAAUUAUUUUUCUUGAA